AUGGCGACCUUGAAGGGAAGCUCGCCCGCCCGAGCCCUCCGACCGGGCUUCUGGGGUUCAAGUCCACGGUGUCGACAGACCCGGGCGUUCAGCCGUUCCCAGCAAUGUCGCGCGCCCGAAGAAGUCCAAGGCGCGCAUAAAUACUGCGUCGAUCUGCUUUCCAAAUAUGACCGACCGUCCUACACGCUCAGCAGCUUCAUUCCACCCCAUGCGCGCUCCUUCUAUCUAGCCCUCCGCGCCUUGAACGUUUCCCUCGCUCUCAUUCCCGAAACAACCUCGUCGCACACGAUUGGUCUUAUGCGACUGCAAUUCUGGCGUGAUGCAGUCGCAAAGAUCCUGGCUGGCUCGCCGCCAAAAGAGCCGGUCGCCAUUUUACUGGCAUCGGCCAUUUCCGAUCUCCACGAGCGCACCGAGGGCCACGCUCGUAUCAGCCGAAGCUGGCUCACACGCCUCAUCAGUGCACGCGAGCAGACCCUCACAAAUGAUCCCUAUUCGAGCAUCGCGGACCUUGAAUCCUACGCGGAAAACACCUACUCCACCCUCAUGUACCUCACGCUAGCGGCACUCCCGAUGACUUCGGUGACAGCGGACCACGUAGCAUCGCAUAUUGGAAAAGCAGUGGGGAUCGCGGCCGUCUUACGAGGACUGCCCCUGGUUGCAUUUCCACCACCGACGCCCCAAAGCCCCCAUGGCGGCGCUGCGGCCAGCCUCGGGCUCAGCGGUGGCGCAAGACAAGGAGCAGUCAUGUUGCCGUUAGACGUCAUGGCUCAAGCCGGUGUCAAGGAAGAAGACGUUCUCCGGUACGGUGCUGAUGCUGAAGGUCUCCGCGAUGCCGUUUUCACCGUCGCGACCCGCGCGAGCGACCAUCUGAUCACCGUGGAACAAAUGCUGACCAAUCUUCGUGCUGGCAAGGAUAAGAAGGCCAUGAGUACGACUCGUAUGUUUCCCGGGAAUCCCCCCCUCGACGAAGUCAAUCGCGCUUUUGGCGUUUUUAUGCCCGCCAUUAGCACUCGGCUGUGGCUGGACCGGUUGCAACAAUACGACUUCGAUGUCUUCCGACCUGAACUGCUCCGCUCAGAUUGGAGACUCCCUUGGAAGUCUUACUUGGCAUUCCGGCGAAAGAGUUUCUCCUAG